GCCUCACUGUUUGCGUCGAUAACCCCUCGCAGGCUCAAGCACUCAAUUCUGGUAACCCGAUUUUGAAGACCUACGAUUUGGUGGCUGUGAAGCCUUUGAAUCAGAUUGCAUUUGAUCUGGCAUGUGAGAGAAUGGAGGUAUUUCGAUUGAUUUUUCAACGAAGUUGUCAUUUAGAUUGAAGCAGCCUAUGGUUAAAGCAGCUAUUAAGCGCGGGGUUUGUUUUGAAGUCACAUACUCGGGUCUUGUUGCUGAUAUUCAAAUCAGGAGACAGUUAAUUUCCAGUGCUAAGUUGUUGAUGGAUUGGACACGGGGACAAAACAUUGUAUUUUCAAGUGGUGCUCCUUCAGUGAAUGAACUUAGAGGGCCUUGUGAUGUUGCAAACUUGUUGUCAUUAUUGGGGCUCUCCAAGGAGCGAGCUAAAGCAGCUAUUUCUAAAAACUGUAGGAUUCUUUUAGCCAAUUCUUUAAGGAAAAAGCGAUUUUACAAAGAGGCAAUAAGAGUAGAAGUUUUAUCAUCAGAUGCAUCUCAUUUUAAGGAAGCCUGGCAUCAAGAGCUACUAAAGUGGGAUGCUAUCUCCAGUGGUGAAGGUGAUAUCCUGUUGGAUGACAUGACAAAAACCUUUUCAGCGUCCGGUAAAGCAUCAAAAACUGCAAAAGCCAUUGACUUUGUUUCAGUGAUUGACAGCCUUCCGUCUCAUGGUUUUCAAGUCAAGGAUUCCUUAUCUGCAAAUAAUGCUUUCCCUGUUUUCCCAGAUAAUAAGGUAAACUUCCUGCCUGUUGUGGAAAAAGUAAAUCAGUCAACACCUGUAGCUAAGAACUUAACCAAGCAGUGCAACAGGCUUGAUAUUUGUCCUGAGAAAGAUAAAAGUUCAUUAUCUGGUGCUAUAGCAACACAUCGCACUGUGAGCUGUGACAAUUUUUUUGAGAAAAAUAUACCUAGUGGAACUACUAAAGCUUACAAUUAUAAGGAUUGCGCCCCUAUUGAAGUGAAAGCACUUGAUUCACAAUCAGACUUGUGCAUCUCAGGUAAUGCAUUGGAUACUGUAAAACCCCAUGAGUUUGAGAAACUACAAAGAUCUUCAGAAGAUGCCAAACUAGAUGAUAGGCAUAAUAUUGAUCAUAAAGUAGAAAUCUUCACGCCAUCUGUGGAGAUUACUUUUCCUGCCCUUGUACAUGAUAAACAUAAUAAUGAGAAAAGAUCUGAUGUCAAUUUAAAUGCACAAAUUGGCAAGACGCUUGAAGCUUUGCCAAAGGAAAAUUUAAAAAUUGCAGAGCCUGCAGUCUUGGAGAAAAACACACCUAUUUUGGAAACUUCAAUGGAGGAUGAACAAUUUGACAAACGGGAAGCUGAUACAGUUGAACUUGGCAAAGGAAGCUUCGCCAAAGAGCAUGAAGCUUUGCCAAUGGAUGAUUUAAAAAUUUCAAAUCAUACAGUCUUGGAGAUAAACACAUCUAUUUCUGAAACUUCAAUGGAGGAUGAACAAUUCGACAAACAGAAAACUGAUACAGUUGAACUUGAUGAGAUGCCACAGCAAGCAUAUGAUGAGAUGAAAAUGGAAGAUGAUUCCACGGCUGCAAUGCAUUUAUUGCCAGACGUUAUGAUGGAAGAUAAAAAGUUUGAUGAAGUGAGAUCUGAUUAUGAUCAAUUUGCUUCAGUUCACUCUGUAUCAGGUCGAUUGAGAGUGAAGCGAAGAACACCUCGUGGACCACUUCUAUUGCCCUUCAAGCGAUUGUUGAAUCCAAAGCCCUUUAAGAAGAAAGGUAAAAAAACUAAGAGCAGAACUAAUUACUUGACAUAGAGGUGAUUUAGUUCUUUUUUAUUUUUGGUGAAAGAUGUAAGCUAAUUCUUUAUAAUAUCUAUCAAUACUAGCAUAUUGACCGGCAUUACGUGCUUGUCAAUUCAAAUUUUGUAUUUUUUGUUAAGAUAAAAAAAUUAAUA